GCUUAUGAGGGAAGGAGGUUAUGUGAAAAUCCAGGCCAGAAUUUGUCAGUGAAGCUGGAUGUUGCAAUUAGGUCUGCUGAUAAGGGUGACUAGCCAGACUAUAUACAAGUGACAGAGGAAGAGGUUCUUAGUGCUUGUCCUGAGGCUCUAUGUGCUUGCACCUUCUCUCCAAGUAGGGCCAAGCGAAACUUCCUAACAUGUACCAGCCACUAAUUGCCUUUAUUUGGGGGGCCUUUCUGCUGCCCCAUGGAUUGGAUGGGCACUCACUGUCCCUGGCUCACUCAUCAGAGAGCACUUCUGGAACGAACCAGUCCCCAACUGUCUCCAUGGAUGCUCCAGGCCCUACAUUGCUUAGUUCCAAAUCCUUCCAGUCCCCCUUCCCUCAAAAGGGUGUUUCCUGUAAGGAUCUGAUGCCUGAUGCCCUGGAAAAUUUUGCCGCCAUACCUCAGCUGUCCCAGAUCUUCAUUCAAACUGCACUGGCACUUGCUCUGCAAAGUGGAGGCUGUACUCAGCAUGCAGAUAUCUUGGUUCUGCGUCUCUACAGGAAGCUGGGGAAAGCAGACACAGACGCUCUGUUGUCUGUGAUGGAAAGAUCUCUGGGAACAGCUAGUUCUAGUCAGAGCAAGAGCAGUGCUGCUUUGGAGUUCAACCUGGACCAGCUGGCAUACACACAAGCUCAGAGCUGCAAAGGUCUGGUUCAAAUUAAAGGGUCUGUCUUGCAUGGCUGGGUGCAUAGUGUCUACAGAGGGUUUUCGGCAGCUGCUGCAGCUUGUCACCAGCAGGGGGCCAGUUGUGCUGGUGUGGCCUCCAAUGAUACUGGUUUCUACCAAGUAAUAGAACGAGAUGGCAGCUACUUCCUUCCACACUAUGGCGCCCAUUCCUGGCUACAUCAGUGCCAGAAGACUGCAAGAAACAGUCGUUCUGCCCUAGAGAACUGUAGGAGUGAGAGGGAACAAAAAGUAUACUCAGUUGUGGAAUGGAUACCUGUGGUCAGCACCUAUUACAACUUUGGUACCAGCAUCUACUACGCAACCCAGAACUGCACCAAUCUGGCCAAGGAACGUGCUCUGGAGGGUGCCAUGGACCUAGGCUAUGAUGUAUUGACUGGUUUGACAGGUGGGGCAGGUGGUGUUGUUAGGAUGGGUAUUGCUGCAGGGCUAAAGCCUGUGGUAAAGGCUGGUGUGCGUGCUUCCAUCAACUAUUUCUACCCAAAGGAAGAGCAUUAUCCUAUCCCAACCAGCUACUCUGGCCCAGUAAUAAUUACCUAGCUGGUUCUUCUUUCUCCACCCCCACCUCCCCAAUCAUGUGUCUCUUUUAGAUAUUUGCUAUGUGUUCAUAUUUGAUGUUUUAAGAAUGUGCAUGGUAGGAGGAAAUAAACAGACCCUUAUUUGCUCUUUUGA